CCGCCGCCGGGCUGCCUGCGGAGAGCGGCGCGGUGGGCCCGACGGGGGCCCCGUUUGGCUCCCCGGGAUGUUCGGGGACGCGUCGACCGGCGUCCUGGACGUGGAGUCGGUGUGGAGGAGGGACCAGGGGACCCGAUGCGAGGAGAAGAGCACCCAGACCCUCCCCAUCCCCACGGCCGAAAGGGUGGCCCAGACCCGCCACAGCCACGAGGUGGGCGUCCAGGCGGACCCUGAGGCCAGCCCGGCCCAGGCCCUGCCCCUCCCGCCGCCCCCGCUGGUGGACUACGCUGGCCUGUGGGCCUUCCUGCAGCGGGUGGAGGAGCCGGUCAUCCGUGAGCUGGACAAGAACUGGAAGAGCCACGCCUUUGACGGCUUCGAGGUCAACUGGGCAGACCCCAAUGAGACGGUGUCUUGUGCACACAGCCUGUCCUACCCGGAAGCCCAGGAGCGCAACCUGCAGGUGACCAGCAUCUCCUGGAAUGCCACAGGGGCCGUCCUCGCCUGCUCCUACGGCAGACUGGAUGAUGGAGACUGGAACUCUGAAAAAUCCUUCCUCUGCACCUGGAACCUCAACCGUCGAGCGCUGAAUCCCCACCGGCCGGAUCUGGUGGUGGAAAUCCCCAGCGCCGUCCUGUGUGUGGCUUUCCACCCCCAGCAGCCUUCGCUCAUCGCCGGGGGCCUGUUCAGUGGAGAAGUCCUGAUCUGGGACACCAGCAGGCAGGAGGAUCCCUUGACCUGGAGGACGGGCAUGACCGACGACACUCACACCGACCCCGUGUAUCAGGUCAGCUGGCACCGAGACCCCCAGCAGCCGCGGGCCUUCCGCGUCUUGAGCGUCUCCACCGACGGGAAGAUCCUGGUGUGGCAGGAAGAAAAGGACGGCCUCCUCCGCCCCGCCAGCGGUUUCUCUUUCGUCCAGCAGCAGAUUCCCCGGAGCACAAAGCUCAAGAAGCAUCCUCGGGGAGACAUGGUGGUGGGCGUGACGUCCCUCUCCUUCUCCCACUUCGAGCCCAGCGUCUUCGUCAGCGGCACGGAGGGCGGCUACUUGAUGAAGUGCUCAACGGCGGUGGACACGGCUGCCCUCCUGCAGAAGAGCAGCUCCGUUCCCCUCAGGGCCCCGGCCCAGUUCAGCUUCUCCUCCCACGGAGGCCCCAUCUACAGUGUCAGCUGCUCACCUUUCCAUAGGAAUUUGUUCCUGAGCGGCGGGACAGAUGGACACGUCCAUUUACACUCAAUGCUGCAGGCUCGCCCGCUGCUGUCCCUUCAGUUGUCCAAGAAAUAUAUUUUCAGCGUCAGGUGGUCGCCAGUCCGGCCCCUGGUUUUUGCAGCUGCUUCUGGCGAAGGGGAAGUGCAGCUGUUUGAUUUCGCGAAGAGCUCGCAAAAGCCCUCGGUUUCCAUCAGGCAGACGCCCAACCAGGCUCCCGUCUACUGCUUGGAGUUCAACCCUCGGCAGACUCAGCUCCUUGCCGCCGGAGACGCCGGCGGGACGGUGAAGAUCUGGCAGCUGAGUUCGGAUUUCACCGAAGAGGGACCGCGAGAGAUGAGCCACCUCGAUCAGCUCGCAAACGAGGUCACCGACUAACACGGCCGAUCCUUGCUGGGUGUCAGAGAUUAUUUCGGGCAGGGAGAAGAAAGUCUUUUGUUCAUGCAACUAUUGCCAAUCCUCCCACAAAGGGAGCAUGUGUGUGUGUGUGUGUGAGAUGGAGAAGGUUGUAAAUAAACAUUAAGUAA